CUACAGCUCUCUUUGUGGUUUGUCUUUUGCUGUGUUUCUUUACCUGCUCAACUUUUUGUGUGGUUUCCAGAAGCUGAGAACUGUUUAUUAAAAGGAGAAACACAAACAUGAUAUCCCUUGAUCAGCUGAUCAUGGAUCAUUCUAACUACUCUAAAGAUAGAGAUAUCAAUGCUGUGUGGGUUCCAGGCAUGGCAGCUGAUGGACCUCCGUGGUGUAAAGGGCCGCAAGAGACAAACAAGGAGAAAUAUGGAACAGAGAAUAAUUCAGAUUUUACCACUGCAUAUGGCAAUCUUCAGAACAUUCUUAUUAAUGCUGGUCUGCCAGAGACUGAGGACAGAACCAAACAUCCCCGUACAGGUCAUACUGCAGACACUACUACAAUUUGUGUACUGGGAGAUCCUAGCUUUGCCAUGUCGGUCUUGCUGGAGGGAGCCAGACAAUGUCCUGGCAACAUACUACUCUGCCUCUCCACUUCCUGUUUCCACAUGCGGCCUGCAAACUCAGCUCUCCCUUACCCUCUAUUUGUUAGACAGGCUGUGAGUUUUGAUCUUGGUGGGCGCACAUUUUUGGACACUUUUUAUCCACCUCGAAGAGUCACAUACCUCUCCUGGCUAGGAGGAGAUCAAAUAUUGCUGGAAGGAGAUAUUGAAUGUCCAAUGGGUGGUUCACCCCAGCUCUCACGCUUUCUUGGUGAUACACUGGGUAUAAGGCUUUUGCUGGAUCGUCGAGAAAUUCCACUGCCUCCUGCACUGAUUCUUACACCUUCUUACCAGCAAGGACUGUGGGGACAGCUGAAUGGAGAAGAGAGGACAACACAGAUGGUAAAAUUGGAUGGGAAGGAGGGUUGGGAAGAAAAAGUGAAAAAGGAUAUAUCGGAAUUCUUGUCUUCUUUGAAACUGAAAUUGUACCAGAAGGUAGUAAUUAAAGUCUGUGGCCCCCGAUGGAGAGAAUCCUUUGCCACAGAUUUCUACCCUUGUGAUCCAGUCCCAGUAUCAGAAACUGUGCUGAGACUUGUGGGAAUGCUCCAUGAAGGACAAGCAAUUUUAUUAGAGGGGUUUAUACACACCAUGCCUCCACGCAGAGUUCGUCCACUACAGCCUCCCCCCAUCAUACCACGCUGCUCCGUCCGUCCCUCAGAGCUGGCGAUUCAUCUCUGUGCCGUUGUCUGCCGAUCACGAGGAGACCAACCAAUCCUCAGCAAGGUUAUAUGCACCGUUGGCCGGGCAGAAAAGCCUCUUCAUCAUCGAUUUGCCCUGCCUCAGUCUUUGGAAACUACCCUUGAAAUGUGGGGAGUGACAGAUAAGAGUCAAAAAGAAGACAUCUGGGUUCAAGUAAAAAAAACAGCAGAGAAUACAAUGAGAGUAGUAAUGGAGGAGGAAAAAAAAAUGACAUCUGAGGAACGGGGAGGAUGGAAGGCACAGACUGACAUACUAGGUGUGGAUUUCCUGCUUACAGUAGUAGACUAUACGGUCACCCCUGUGAUUAUUGGUGUAACAGCAGACCUUUGUCUGGAAAUGUGUGGAAUCCAGGAGUGUCUUCUAGGAAAUCUAGCAGCAUGUGGGCCCAUCCAUGUAAAUUCUGCAACAGAACCUUUAGUUGAGACAAUGCUUCGACGCUCCAUGAGUUAUGUGAUGGAAGAGAAAGAAGUGCUGGUGAUUGGAGCUGGGGGCAUUAGCAAAAAAUUUAUAUGGGAGGCUGCUCGCAACUAUGGGAUUAAGAUCCAUCUGGUCGAAUCUGAUCCUGGACAUUUUGCCUCAUCUCUUGUGUCAUCAUUCAUCCAUUAUGACUUUGAAGACCACUCUCUUGAUGAAAUCCAUGCCCAAAAUGUUUUGUCUAUUGUCAGGGGAAAAGGUCUGCAACUCUCCGGUUGCAUGGCAUUCUGGGAUGAGUGUACAAUCUUAGCUGCUAUACUAAGUAACUCAUUGGAACUCCCAGGUCCACCCCCCAGUGCAGUGAGACUCGCAAAACUCAAGACACAGACACAACUUCGCCUACUUUCUUUGAGUUCACCAUCUCCCCCUUUCCCUUGUCCUGGGGCAUUUGCUGUGCCAUGUUUCUCCUUGGGUCCUGAAGCAGGUGGUUUGAAAGUUGCAGAGUCAACUCUUUCAUAUCCUCUUGUAGUAAAACCAGAAUCUGGAGCAGGAGCUGUUGGCGUAAAGCUUGUUCAGGAUGGGGAAGAAUGCAGGACAUUGAUUAGAAAAAUGGGUACAGGUUCAGGAGCCUGCAAUACAUGUGAAGGGGCAAACAGUAAUACAGGAGACAUUAAAACAUGUCAGAUUGUAGAGACUUGCAAGGCAAAAGGUAUAGCUUAUACAUCAGAAUUAGAAGGGUCUUGUAAAUGGAAAGCAGAAGAAAUCCUACAGCAAGGAAUGAGUAGAUAUAGCAAAAUGGAGAAUGAAGCCCCCCUUGCUGAAUUAGGAGAAGGAGGUACACAGUCUUCUCCGAACCUGCUCCUUGCAGAAUACAUAACAGGCUCUGAGCAUGAUGUAGAUCUAGUUCUAGGUUCUAAUGGAAGGCUAUUGGCUGCAUAUGUGUCAGAUAAUGGGCCAACCUUACUUCCAGGGUUUACUGAAACUGCUGCUGCUCUUCCAUCACGCUUAGGCCCUGAACAACGGUGUCAACUUGUACAAGCUGCUGCGCGUUGCUGUAGGGCACUAGGGUUGUUCCCUGGUGUAUUCAAUGUAGAAUUAAAACUCAAUGAUUGUGGACCACGACUGCUGGAAAUUAAUCCCCGUAUGGGCGGUUUUUACCUGCGGGACUGGAUUCAGCGUGUUUAUGGCACAGAUCUUGUGAUGGUAGCCCUGGCAUUGUCAUGUGGAUUAGAGCCAGCACUACCUGCAAGUGGUGCACGUGAAAGUGCAGUGCUUGUUGGGGUAAUGUGCACAGGUGAAAGUCAUGAGGAAGCUUUGCGCAGUACAGCAAGGCCAGAGAGACUGGCAGAGCUAGAUCAUGCUGGACUCAUUCGUUUUAACCGCCUUGAAGGUGGUCCAGAACGUGGUCCUGAUCAAGAGCCGUAUGGGAAUGUCGCCUGUGAGGGAAAACGGCAAAGAGAGGCUAGGGAAAGGCUGUUAGGGGUUUGUGCUGCACUGGGACUGAAUUCUGAGGAGUAUCCAAUUGAUUAUAUAACAGGAGAAUUCCAAUGAACACCAAGAAUGAGUUGAGGGGGGAUGAAUGAAUUUAUAUUGAAUACAAAUUUAAAGAAGUUUAGAAAUAACAGGGGAGGGUGACAUGAUGGGUGAGUCAACUGACUUGCUUAGGAUGCAUGGAAAAUGUCAGAAAAUGGUAUAGAUGUAAAAAAUGUAAUGAAUUGCCCAUAUUGCUAUUCUGUUCUUUUCUGUAGUGCUCUCUUUAUCUUAAUGCACUCUUAAGUAGUAUGGUAUGGUUUUUACUUAUUCAAAUAAAGCUGUACUGUCUAAUAA